UUAUUUUUUUACAUUCCAAAAAAAAUGAUAGGUCUUUUUAACAUUCCUUGUGAUUCCCCCAUUGAAUUUUAUGCCUUACCCCCUCCAGAAAGGCAUUUUACUUUUCCAUUGACGCCUGAAGAAAAUUUAUUGAUAGCAACAUUUGGAGGCAAAGAAAAAGCAAAAGAAAAAAUUGGGACAAAAUAUUUGACAGAUAAACGGGAAUUUGUAGAAAGAGAUAAAGAAGAGCCUCUCUCUUCAACGGAGGCAUGGAAACUUUUAAUCCUUCGUUCACAAUUGUUAAGACAAUAUGCCCGUUUAGAAUCACCAUCUGACUCAAUAAAAGCAAAAAUAAUUAAAAACGCCAAAAAUAUCCAAAAUAAUUCAAAAUUACAAUCCUUCCAAUCAACAAUUGUUCGUCGACAAGCUUUUAGAAUAUCAUCAAAAGAAGUUUAUAAAAUUUUAAGAAAAUACAAAUGA